AUGGAACCCUAUCCUAAUACUUCUGAAUACUCCUACUACUACUAUGAUGAGUUUAAUGGAACUAUAGACUAUACUUUGUUUGAACUGUUGUGUACCAAAGAAGAGGUGAGAAAAUUCAGUAAGUCAUUCCUCCCAGUGUUUUACUCUAUUGUCUUCCUUGUUGGGCUUGCUGGGAAUUCCCUGGUGGUGGCAAUCUAUGCCUACUUCAAAAAACUAAAGACCAAGACGGAUGCAUACAUCAUGAACUUGGCCAUUGCUGAUUUGUUGCUUCUUUCCACCCUUCCAUUUUGGGCUGCAAAUGCUGUAAAAGGAUGGGUACUGGGCAUUCCCUCGUGCAAAAUCACUUUUGGAAUAUACACCAUGACCUUCAGUGCCAGCAUGGCGUUCCUGGCCUGCAUCAGUGUGGAUAGGUAUCACGCCAUCGUUAAAUCCCAACGCCAGCAAAGGCCUGUGAGGCACUGCAGCUACACAUGUUCAUUCGUCUGGGCAACUGCCAUGUUACUCAGCAUUCCAGAUCUAAUUUUUAGCACAGUUAAGGAGCACCACAACAGAAUUGCAUGUCUUCAGAUGUUUCCUGAGAGCUUAGGGAAAAUAAUUAGAGUCAUCAUUGAAAUCCUGGAAAUAACACUGAGUUUUGUGCUGCCUUUACUCAUCAUGUUAAUUUGCUACUUUGCUGUGGCCAGAGCUCUCUUCAAGAGUUCCAGUGUUAAAAAAUACAAGUCCCUAAAAGUUCUUGCCAUGGUUGUUGCUGCCUUUAUCAUCACCCAACUGCCUUACAAUGUCAUCAAGCUUUGGAGAGCCCUCGAGAUUAUCCACCCCCUAAUUACAAACUGCAGUGUAAGCAAAGCUGUCGAUGUAGCAUUGCAGGUGACUAAUAGCAUUGCCUUGUUUCACUGCUGCCUCAAUCCCAUCCUGUAUUUUUUUAUGGGGGCCUCUUUCAAAAUGCAUAUGGUUAAAAUAAUGAAACGUUGUGCCUCGUGGAGAAGACAGCAGAGCAUGGCGCCGGAAGAAAUCUGUAUGGACCCUGAAGAUUCGACUGGACAAACAAGCAGUUUUACUAUCUAGAGA